AGGACCUGGAAAAUUAUAGACUGGUCAACCCAACUUCAAUGCCUGAAAAGAUACUGGAACAAGUAAUUUAACAGUCAAUGUGAGCAGCUAUGGCCAGAGUAUCCAACCUGCGCACUGAGCUGAUAGGAUGUGACAGCUGUUCAAAUCACUGCUUCGUUGCCCCACAAAGCUCCUUCUAUGACUCCAGCCCUCAUCCCUUCCCCAAGAAUCUUUCUCUGAUGGAGUUGGGCAGCCGUUGGAAGGCCAGUGACGAAGUCGGCUCAGUGGCCUUCAGGUGGGCUGCAGAGGUGCCUCAAGGGGAGACAAGAAGGAGGAUGAACCGGCUUGCCAGAUCAUUCUCGGACUUUGACUUAAUGAGGAUGCUGAACAGUUCCCUGGUGGAAGAUCCCGUAUCCUUCAAGAACAACACCUUCACGCGUGCAGAGACCUUCAUCUACAAAUACACCCGCUCCAAGCUGUACACAAUCCAAGACGAGGAACACAAGAGUUUUGUCCUGUGGCGUCACACCGGCCAGGCCCAGCUGUUGGCGGUGCAUUUACAAGGCCCCAAUAACAAUGAAGCAGUGAAAUUAAACCUGGAUUUAUAUCGCUCCCCAACGCACAUCAGUCCUGUUGCUAUGAACAUUGUGGAAAACAACGCUGCGGAAAACAAUCUGUAUCUGUGCUGUGUGAAGGAUAAAGGUAGCCCUGUGCUGCAGCUGGAGAAGGUGAAGGGGCCUAUGAAAGACAUCAGGACUGAGGAUCAGAAGCGUUUCAUCUUUUUCAAGACCAGUUCUGGUUCCACUUCCAGCUUUGAAUCAGCUGCCCAUCGAGGCUGGUUCUUCAGCACCUCAAAACUGAAUGACAAACCCGUCAGGAUGGUGAAUCAAACCGGAGAGCGGGACAUCACUGAUUUUUAUUUGGUUGAAAUCUAAUCCCUAGCCAGCAGUUACUGGCUUAGAACUAAAUGCUUGUAUGUACUAUAUACAGUAGGAGCAUAACUAUUGAUGGGAUCUCAGCAAUUCCAUAUUAAUUCAUUUUUAUUAAUUAUGUUUUAAUUAAUUUAUUAAUUUAAUUAUUUAUUUAAAUUAAUUAAUUGAAUUGUACUAUGUAUGUAUCUUGUGAACCUUGUAACCAAUACUUGUAAUCUCUCAUAACUCAAGCCUGACCCCAGUUGUACAAUACCUUCCUUCUUAACUUGUGUAAAUGUGAUUUUAAACAUUAGCAUUAAUUCCAUAUUAAUUCAGUUUAUUUGUUAUUAUUAUUAUUAUUAUUACGGUAGCAUCUAGAGGCACCAGCCACAAUGGGAUGUCUCGUUACACUAGGCACUAUACAUAUAGUUUUGUUCCCUGAUCAUUUAUAGGGACACUGUUAGAUGAAAGCCUGCCUCUAAUAUUGUUAGGUUUUGUGGGUUUUUAUAUAAUUUUUUACAAAAUAUCAACAGAAAAAAAAUUAUUUUAAAAUUCCACAGAUUUUUUGGGAGGGUACUUAUAAGCAAAUAAACCAGCGCCUGCAGUAUUUGCAACCAACACUGGUGUCUAGGGAAUUGAAAACCUGAAGAUGCAAUUGGCUUGAAACUGAUUUCUUACCAAUGUGUAACUGACUAGUCUUUUCUUAUUAUCUGAACUGAAAUGCAAAGAGAAAGUAAAUAGCAUGAAUAGGAAGUCAGACUCUUUUACAGU